AUGCAGACAGCAGCAGAGCGUCCUGCUGGAGUGUCCCACACCGCAGGAGGGCAGAGGCAAGUGUGGGUGGGGGGCAGCAGCAUUGGGCUUAUGGGCUCCUUUCUCCUCGCAAUGAGCUGCAACUCGUACAACACCGGUGAUGAGACAGAGCGGGUCAUAGGAUGUGAGGCGAACAGCUCGGACCAGCGCACCUGUCAUCUCCGCUCGCCGUACUCCGUGGCCAGAUACGACAACUACUUCUGCCACCACUUCUACCACCUCUCUUCUUAUGUCCUCGCAUCCCUGUGGCCCUGUAAAGCCGAGCUGCUCAUCUGUGAUUCCACAAUGGGAGCCAAGUCUCACUAG